AAAUCAAAACAGUGCAUCCUGUAAACAGCUUUAACAGCUCGUCGAGGCCCCGUCGCGAACGAUCUCGCGACGAUUAACCUCGUGCAAAUUCGCGAAUUCUCCGUUCCAUUGCUCGCUGAUUUUCGACGACCGAGCGAGCAGGUGUGUAACGGCCGGGUCAAGUAACUGUACGCGCGAAGGUGCGAAACGAGACGCGCUUCCGAGAAGCGCGGAUUCUCCACGUAUGCGCGAAAGGUACACACAGCGCGAGCCCGGCAGAGAUCGCAGUCUAACCACGACGCUCGCGACAUGUGGCUCUCGUCGAUCCUCAUAGGCAACCUGGUCCUCUUGGCGAGCUCGUCGAGGUGUCCGGAGCCGAAGAAGCCGCAUCGCACGAGUUGCACGAUCUUCUACAACUGCGUGAAUCUACCCGGCGGCGGCUACGUCUGGGUGCCGUCCAAGUGCACGGAAGGCUUGGUGUUCCAGCCGUACCUGCGCGUGUGCGUGGUGCCGGGCGACAUUUGGACGUGCGACACGCUCUCCACCGAGUCGAGCCUCGUGACGAAGCGGUACCAGGGAGCAGCCGAGUCGAUAGACCCGACGGAGUCCAGUUACCUGGGAUACACGCGGGACUCGGCGGACUUCUCCGAGACGAUCGACUCGUCCUACGUGAUAGAAGACGACACUUCCGACCUGACGACCGAGGCGGAGACUCCGUACCCGCUGAUCGAGUUCGGGGAGACCACCAUGACGACGUCGCACGGAGACGAGGGGGUGAAGAACGUGUCGUACCACAAGGAAGAGAAGUAUUCGUACGAGUACGUCAACGACCGGGGGCGAACGCCGUCGACCUCGACGCAGAGGUACAAGGACAUCGUCAACGAGCACUACAAGCUGCUGCACGAGUUGAUGAGUCGGCUGCACGUCUACAAGGAACUAUCAGCCGCGGUGUCGUCGGCGAAGAAUGCCACGACCGAGGCGGUGCUCGCGACGCACGACCGCAGGCAGAACGUGUCGCUGAAUUACCUGGUGCAACGCUGCGUGCUCGCGGUCAGCGAGGCCCACAGGCCGGAGGUGACGGGGAACAACCUGGAGAUGCUGAUCGACGGCUUGGACGCGGAGAACAAUGUGAUAAGGAUCACGGAUGACCUCGGGAACGAGCGGUAUCUCACGGUAGGCAGCUACAAGGCCGUCGCCCGGCGACUGAAGCCGCGGUCCGUCAGCGUGCUGGCGUGCACGAGGAACGUCCGUUUGCCGAAUCGGACCGACUGCGGCAAGUACUACAUGUGCGAGCCGAAGACGGCCGCGAUAGUGGGGUACUCUUGCCCGGUGAACACCGCCUUCAACGUGAACUCACGGAUCUGCGACACCGAGAGUGCGAGGACCUGCAAGGACGACGGGCGGGCCGCGGGCGAGGCGGCGAUACUCGUCGAGCAGAAGAGGACCGACGAAGAGGAGCGCGAGGAUGAGGCCCAUGAUGAAGACUCGACGGAGGAGGAGGAGGAGGAGGAAGAGGAGGAACCGUGCCGCGAGGUCGGCAAGAUGAAGGACCCGGCCUCGGAUUUCCACUACUACAUCUGCUACAGCCCGGCCGGCUCCGAGGAGAUCAAGUCGGUGCGGAUGAGGUGCCCGAACGCCUUGAUAUUCUGCCGCAGCAAGCGGGUGUGCACGACCAGGCGGCUGUGUAUUGCGUCGCGAUGAGCGUCGCGAGGCUCGCCGACGAGCGG